CUCCUCGGCCACUUCCGCCGAGACAGAGCCCUCCUCCUCCUCCUCCUCCUCCUGGCUUCCUCUCGGCGGCGUCUCCGGAACGGAGGAGGGUCUGGGGCCUGGGCUGGCAGCAGGAGCCGGGAAGCGUGGCUGGUGUUGAUCCUUGAAAGAUGUGUUGUAAAACAAAGAAGAGGUUUUUGCUUCUAUAUGCAAGCCAGAAGGGCCAGGCAAAAGCCAUAGCAGAGGAAAUUUGGCAGCAAGCAAAGGAGCACGAGUUUGAAGCUGAUAUUCACUGCAUCAGUGAGUCAGAUAAGUACAACCUGGACAAUGAAAAUGAUCCUGUGGUUAUUGUUAUUUCUACAACUGGAACAGGAGAGCCACCAGACACAGCAAUCAAGUUUGUUAAGGAAAUUAAUGACAAAACAUUGCCAGUGGAUCACUUCUCCCAUUUACGAUAUGGAUUGCUAGGUCUGGGAGACUCUGAAUACACCUUCUUUUGCAAUGGUGGAAAAAUAGUAGACAGACGACUUCAGGAGCUGGGAGCACAACGUUUUUGUGAGAUGGGACAAGCUGAUGAUGCUGUAGGUUUGGAAUUAGUAGUUGAACCAUGGAUUGCUAACCUUUGGAUUGCCCUCAAUCAAGAAUUUUCAUCAAAAAAAGAAGACACAAACCAUAAUACAUCUCCUUGUGCCAACACAGUUUCUAACUUAUGCGUAGUUUCCAAAGUAGAAUGUUUGAAAAUAGAGGAUUCUGAAUUGAAGACUGGUCUUUUAACCAAAGCAAAUAUUUCCUCAAAACUUUCCACUCAACACUCUCAGCCUUCACUUUCUCAAUCUGUACCUCCACUUUCACAGUCCACUCUCAAUGUUCCUGCUUUACCUCCAGAAUACCUGGAACUGUGUUUUCAAGAAAGCUCUGACCAGGAUACUGGCCUGCCUUGUGUUUCAGAGAGCUCCGUUUUCCAAGUUCCUGUCACCAAGGCUGUUCAACUUACUAAGGAUGAUGCAAUAAAAAAGACUUUGCUGGUAGAACUUGAUAUAUCUAAAACAACAUUUAGCUAUCAUCCUGGAGAUGCCUUUAAUGUAAUAUGUCCCAACUAUACCAGUGAGGUUGAUGAACUUCUCAGUAUCUUGGGUCUCUUGGAGAAGAAAGAUUUCUUUGUGUGCUUGAAGGUUAAAUCAGGCACUAAAAAGAGAGGAGCGGCUUUGCCACAACACAUACCUGAAAAGAGUACUGUGAAAUUCAUUUUGACAUGGUGUCUGGAAAUAAGAGCAGUUGUCAAAAAGGCAUUUUUGCGGUCUCUGGUAGAAUAUACUACUGAUAUUGGAGAAAAAAGGAGACUUCAAGAGUUGUGUAGUAAGCAAGGAUCCUCUGAUUAUAACACUUUCAUAAGGAAUGCUGGUGUCUGUUUGUUGGAUUUACUUCAUACUUUCCCAACUUGCCAGCCUCCACUUAGUCUUCUGAUUGAACAUCUUCCAAAAUUACAGGCCAGACCUUACUCAGCUGCAAGCUCUAGUUUAUAUCACCCUGGAAAGAUGAUCUUCAUCUUUAACAUUGUGGAGUUCGCAUCUCAUGUAGGUGAACUGCGAAGAGGGGUUUGUACUGGCUGGUUGGCCAACUUGGUUGCCCCAAUCCUUCAGUCAAGUACAAAGGGUGAUGAAGUCCUCAUUCCAGAGAUCUCCAUAUCUUCUCGUCUGACCAACAGUUUUCAUUUACCAGACAAUCCAUCAAUUCCUUUUAUUAUGAUUGGUCCAGGAUCUGGAAUUGCACCAUUUAUCGGCUUUCUGCAACAUAGACAAAAGCUCAAAGAAAACCACAAAGAUUGGAUUUUUGGAGAGACAUGGUUAUUUUUUGGCUGUCGCCACAAAGCCAGAGAUUACUUGUUUGAAGAUGACCUCAAGCUCUUUGUUGAGAAUGGCACUUUAACUCACCUGAGUGUUUGUUUUUCAAGAGACACCCCAGCUAUGGUACAAAACACCACUCCUAAAUAUGUUCAAGAUAAUCUUCGUCUUUUUUCUAAAGAGAUUAGUAGGAUUCUGCUGCAAGAGAAGGGGUAUUUUUAUGUCUGUGGAGAUGCCAAGAAUAUGGCUAAAGAUGUAAAUGAUGCUUUAGUGGAUAUCUUAAUCACUGAGAAAGGAAUUGAUAAACUGGAAUCCCUGAAUAUUUUGGCUAUGUUAAGAGAUGAAAAGAGGUAUCUGCAAGACAUCUGGGCAUAAGAACUGGUGGCACUCCCUUGAUCUUCAGUCUGGGUUAUUUUAAAUCACUAAACAAUUUAAAAGGACAGCCCUUUAAGUUUACAUUCUAGUCACACAAGUCAUCUCACACCAAAUGUGUAUUUUUUCCUAGUCAAAAACUAUGUCAGCCACAGAGAGCUUUUUCACGACCCAUUUUUUUCAGGAAUGAAAUCAGUUGGUGCCUCCUAAUUUUUCAGUAAUGCAGCUUCUGUCAGUGCCUUUUCUUUUCUGAGCAAACGUCGACAGAUUGAAUUUAUUUUGGCUUGGAGUACUGGAUAAAGCAAACAUUAUCAAACAUACUGGUCUGUCUGUUACAGUGGCUUUGAUAAGCUCUAAAUUGGAUGUAUUUGGGGGGAAGGUAACAUAUGUAGCACUCAUCGCUAUGGAUAACUUUUUGUUAUUGAGUGACAAAUGGAGAGAGUAAACAGACUUUUUAAGAAUACUGUAGAGAGUUGGAUGGGUAGUACGUGAGUUUUCAUGGUGAUCAUUUCACGGAUCCUUAUCCUUGGAUCUCAGGGUUGUGGUUUGUUUGUUUUCAUUUUGAGAACACACACUUUGAGAUAAAAGCUAAAAAUAUUGAACAGCUAAGCAUAGCUUAUGUAUUACUUGUUUAAAAGUUCCACUGAGUUCAAUGGGAGUUACACCCAAAUAACAAUGUAAGUUUGCAGUCUUAAUAUGCCUAUGUAAAAGUUGAAACCAGAGUGGAUUGAUUUUUUUAAAAAAAAUCAGGAGUUGUUUAAAUAACUGCAAAAAUGGGAGGUUUAAAUCAUUGAUAUACAUUGUAAUAUCAGUGUUGUAAUUCAUUUGAAUAAUCAGUGCAAUUUUUAAAAAAUACUGGAUUUUCCACUGAUUUUUUUUAAAGGAAAAAAGUACUAAUUUGAUGCUGCAUUCCAUGUUUGGAAUUGCAGCAUCAAUGUGGCUUGUGAAGAUUUAGAAUUAAUUAUGUAUAUUAAAAAUUAUUUGACCGCACUAUUUUUCAGUUCUCAUGCUGGGAUCAUGAGUUUUAAAUGCAAUGAGUACCAUGCAAAAUGAUUUGGGUGGGUGUUAAGCAUACGGUUAACUAUAAUUUUAAAACAGUAGGUAUAAGGAUAGAAAUUGCCUGGAUUAUGCCCAAUGUUUCUGAGAAUGUCCAAACUAUUUUCAUUUAUAAUAAACAUUUUAAAACUCUGAA